UCGAGGAGCGUCGAUGUCAGCCAUGCAGCAGAGACAAGACACACCUCUGGGGACACUGCAGCCGCAGACACGCUGCCUGAGAUGUGGCCACGUACUGGAGUGGUCGGAGGAGCACAGCGUCCUGCUGGGCUGCUCCUGCUGCUCCACGGUGGAUGAGACACUGGAGGAUGUAGCCAGAGGCCUGGCCAGCAGAAUGAAGAGGGAGAGGAGUCACUGGGCUGCCGGACGAGUGGGCGACAUCGACUUCGUUGGCUCCACAAAGACGAGAGGAAAGUUUAUGAGGGUGUCCAGCAACACGGACCCGGUGCUGAUCUACCAGAUGCUGACGGAGGAGUGGGGCCUGGCUCCUCCACACCUGGUGGUGGCACUGGUGGGAGGAGAUGAGGUGGCUCAGAUGAAGCCCUGGCUCAGGGACACUCUGAGAAAAGGACUUGUGAAGGCUGCACAGAGCACAGGGGCAUGGAUUUUAACUAAUGGCCUUCGCUUUGGCAUCACCAAGCACUUGGGCCAGGCGGUGAGAGAUCACUCCUUGGCGAGCACCUCCUAUAAAGUUCGAGUAGUGGCCAUUGGCAUCGCACCAUGGAACAUGAUCCACGACCGACAAGCUCUCCUCACUGCCAAGCCGGACGAGCCUGCCGCGUACAGGCCACAGGACCUGCCUCAUGGGUCGGUCUACUCCCUGGACAGCCACCACUCUCACUUUGUGCUGGUGGAGGAGGAUCCCAACAGAGCGGGAGCCACCAGCGAGAUGAGGGUGAAGCUGCUCAAGCACAUCUCUCUUCAGCGCACUGGUUACGGAGGCGCGGGGAGUUUUGAGAUCCCUGUUCUGUGUCUCUUGGUCCACGGGGAACCCAAGAUCCUAAAGAGGAUGUAUAAAGGCAUUGGCAAUUCAACACCAUGGCUGAUCCUGGCAGGCUCGGGAGGCGUGGCCGACAUCCUCGUCACACUGAUGAAUAAGGGGUGCUGGGAUACGGACAGUGUUCAGGAGCUGCUGCUGGACACCUUUCCAAAUGCCCACCACAGCACAGACGUCAGUAACUGGGUCAAGCUGAUCCAGAAGAUACUUGAUCACGGGCAUCUCCUCACCGUGCACGACCCUGAGCAGGAGAGCUCGGAGCUGGAUACAGUCAUUCUCAAAGCUCUCGUCAAGGCUUGUAAGAGCCAAAGUCAGGAAGCUCAGGACUUCCUGGAUGAACUGAAGCUGGCUGUGGCCUGGAACCGGGUGGAUAUCGCCAAGAGUGACAUCUUCAACGGGGAUGUGGAGUGGAAGGCGUGCGACCUGGAGGAGGUGAUGAUGGACGCGCUGAUCAAUGACAAACCAGACUUUGUGCGCCUUUUCGUGGACAACGGGGUGAACCUGGGCGAGUUCCUUACCUACGGUCGCCUGCAGGAGCUCUACUGGUCCGUGUCAGAGAAGAGCCUGCUGCACAACCUGCUCCUCAAAAAGUACGAGGAGAAGCAGCUCCUGCUCGGAGCCGCCAGGGCGCCCGGUCCACCUGGGCACCAUCCGCCCGAGCAGGGGAAACCCCGCUUCACCCUCUACGAGGUCGCCAAGGUGCUGAAGGACUUCCUCCAUGACUCCUGCAAAGGCUUUUACCAGAAGAUUCCCACAGAGAAGCCGGCGAAGGGUCGACUGUUCCACAGCCAGAAGAACCUGGCUGAGUUAGAGGAGCGCUCUGAACAUCCUUGGAGGGAUCUCUUCCUCUGGGCCGUCCUUCAGAACCGACAGCAGAUGGCCAACUACUUUUGGGCCAUGGGCCCUGAGGCGGUUGCGGCAGCGCUGGCGGGUUGUAAGAUUCUGAAAGAGAUGGCACGACUGGAAUCUGAGGCUGAGUCUGCACGCAGCAUGAAGGAGGCCAAGUACGAGCAGUUUGCACUUGAUGUCUUUGGAGAGUGUUACUCAAACAGUGAAGACAGAGCUUAUGCUUUGUUGGUGAGGAGAACACACUGCUGGAGCAAAUCUACAGUCCUCAACCUGGCAACAGAGGCAGACGCCAAAUCCUUCUUUGCCCACGACGGAGUGCAGGCUCUCCUCACAAAGAUUUGGUGGGGGGCGAUGACGACGGACACGGCCAUCUCCAAACUAGUGGUGUCUUUCUUCUGUCCGCCGCUCAUCUGGACCAACCUCAUAAAGUUCAGUGACGAGGAACUUGACAACCGCAACGGCCGCGAGCAGUUUGUGGAGCUGGACAGUCUGGACACAGAGAAGGCUUUACUGUUGACUGACGAUGACGACCCUCUGGACUCUCCACCUGGAGAUCCAGCAGCUCAGAGCUGUGCCUCUGUCUGGUGGCGUUUCUUAAUCCGCCGCUGGCGUCGCUUCUGGAGCGCUCCCGUCACCGUGUUCCUCGGUAACGUCAUCAUGUACUUCGCCUUCCUCUGCCUCUUCACCUACGUGCUCCUGCUAGACUUCCGCCCACCGCCGCCCUCUGGUCCCGGGGCCCCGGAGAUCAUGCUCUACUUCUGGGUCUUCACAUUGGUGCUGGAGGAGCUUCGGCAGAGCUUUUUCACGGAUGAAGAGAUGAGCAUCUUGAAGAAGUUCAAGCUCUAUGUCGAGGACAAUUGGAACAAGUGCGACAUGGUCGCCAUCUCACUCUUUGUUGUUGGGGUUUCAUGCAGGAUGGUUGAUCACACCUAUGAGGCAGGGAGGACCGUGCUGGCCAUAGACUUCAUGGUCUUCACUCUACGUCUCAUCCACAUCUUUGCCAUCCACAAGCAGCUCGGCCCCAAGAUCAUUAUUGUGGAGAGAAUGAUGAAGGAUGUUUUCUUCUUCCUCUUCUUCCUGAGCGUGUGGCUCAUUGCGUACGGCGUUGCCACCCAGGCUCUCCUCCACCCCAACGACCCCAGGAUCGACUGGGUGUUUCGCAGAGCCUUGUACCGCCCCUACCUGCACAUCUUCGGUCAGAUCCCCUUGGAGGAAAUAGAUGCUGCUCGCAUGCCUGAAAUUAACUGCACCGAUGACUCAGAGGAGAUUAUCAUGGGCCUACGGCCGCCGUGUCCCAACAUCUAUGCCAACUGGCUGGUCAUUCUGUUGCUGGUUAUCUUCCUUCUUGUCACCAAUGUCCUGCUGCUCAAUCUGCUUAUUGCCAUGUUCAGCUACACAUUCCAGGUAGUGCAGGGCAACACGGACAUCUUCUGGAAGUUCCAGAGAUACAACCUGAUAGUGGAAUACCACAGCCGUCCGGCACUGGCUCCGCCCUUCAUCAUCAUCAGCCACCUCUCUCAGAUCCUCCUCAGCCUGGUCAAACAGCCCGAGUCCAAGCAGGAGCACCUGGAGAGGGAGCUGCCGGCAGGGCUAGACCAGAGGCUGAUAACAUGGGAGACGGUGCAGAAAGAGAACUACCUGGCCAAACUGGAGCGCCAGCAUUGGGAAAGCAGUGAGGAGAGACUCAAGAGCACCUCCUCUAAGGUUCAGAGCUUGCUGAGGAUUGUCGGUGGGUUUAAGGACCAAGAGAAACGACUGGCAUCCAUGGAGGCUCAGGUCAGAUAUUGUGGAGAGGUGUUGUCCUGGAUGGCAGAGUGCUUUGCUCAGAGCACACUCAAGUGUGGGAAAGAAGCUCCGAGAUCUCCACCAUCGCUAACAGGCUACAAGGCGAGCAGCUCCAACGACGCAGCUCAAGGUGAACCAGAGAAAGAAGACAAACAGGAAAGAGGGGAAGUCAAACCGGGUCACCCGGGAUACGGAGCUAACAAAAAAUUUCCUUACAUUGAUGAAUAAACGUGAUGAUAGUAGGUGGUAGCACAUGCGCAGGUAAUUCUAGUAGCAUAUCGGAGAUUUUAAGAAUAUUUUGAGGUGUGAUCAUUGUUGUGGGGAAGGGAACAUUGAUUUGGUUUGGACCUUAUUUUAAAUGAAUAAAAAUGAUGUUGAAUGUGUUCACAGCUUUUUCUUGUUGUAAAACUUUCUAAACAAGUU